GAUAUUUGGCAGAAACGCUCUUCAUCUCGAUACGAUCGUCUAUUCUGAUUAAAAUUUGAUUAAAAGUCGAGUUCAUAAAUCCACGAGGCGCUGAAACUGUCGCAUUCUCGGCCUGUUUUUCAUGGGAAUAUAUUUGGCAUCGUAGAAACCCUCAAGAGCUCAAAACAUGCAGGAUGAUUUACUGAUGGACAAAAGCAAAGCUCAGCCUCACCAGCACCAAGAGCCCUUAAAUACAGAGCCUCCAUCCACCACCCCGACCCCCUCCGAGCCUCCGGUCCCGGACGAGCAGAACCCCGUCGGUCACUCCGAGCGGCUGGCCAUGGAGUCUCCGGUGUUACCGGGUUUGGGUUUCCCGCAGGAUUCCUCUCUCUCGCCGUCGUUCGGCAGCACUUGGUCCACCAACGCCGUAGACGAAGGCUUUUUCCAAGGGAUUCCGUCGGUAAACGGGACGAUGCUUUUUCAAAACUUUCCCCAUCACGUCAACCCGGUUGUCGGAGGUAAAUUUUCCCCGCAGAUGAGAAGGUCUCCGCUGAGUGUGACCCAGAGGAACCCCUACAGCCACCAGACGCUCAUCAAUAAAGUAUCCGCGUCCUCGUCCGCCUGGAAUAACCAUCAGAACGCGGUGUGGAGCUCCGCGGCGAACCCCUGGAGCGGCAGAGACCCGCGGAGAGCGCUCGGGCUCGGCGUCCCGUCUCAGCUCAACCCCGUCUCCCCGACGAAGAAGCCCUUCCCGAGCAAUGUCAUCGCGCCCCCGAAAUACCAGAGACCCGGUGCCCUGCAGAAACCAUGGAUGAUCUCAGAGCCGCCGGAGACCUUCAGAACCGACAACGGCAACAACAUGCUGCCAUUUCAGGAAAGGAAUCGCCCCUUUGACCCAUUCAACUUGCAAACUUUGGAGAAUUCCUUAAUGGACAUGAUUGGGACAAACCGUGACAAAGGUCGCAUGGGUCUCAACUUUCACCAUCCAGUAGCGGAACAUAUAUUACCAUUGAACUCCAGGAGCUAUGGUCGCAGAAGAGGUCGCUCUUCACUGUUUCCUUUCGAGGACGGCUUCCUGGACGACGGUCUCGGUGAUCAUCCGCUGACCCCUGGCCUGAGCUCGCCCAGCCGCUGUCAGAACGGAGAGAGGAUGGAGCGCUACUCCAGGAAGGUGUUUGUCGGAGGACUGCCUCCAGACAUCGAUGAAGAUGAGAUCACCAACAGUUUCCGUCGCUACGGUCACCUGGUGGUGGACUGGCCUCAUAAAGCAGAAAGCAAAUCCUAUUUUCCCCCUAAAGGUUACGCUUUCCUGCUCUUCCAGGAGGAGAGUUCAGUCCAGGCCCUCAUUGACGCCUGCAUCGAGGAGGACGGGAAACUCUACCUGUGUGUCUCGAGCCCCACUAUUAAAGAUAAACCAGUCCAGAUUCGCCCAUGGAACCUGAGUGACAGUGAUUUCGUGAUGGAUGGCUCUCAGCCUCUCGACCCACGCAAGACCAUUUUUGUGGGAGGCGUUCCACGACCUCUACGAGCAGUGGAGCUGGCUAUGAUCAUGGACCGGUUGUAUGGAGGUGUGUGUUACGCCGGCAUUGACACUGACCCAGAACUCAAAUACCCUAAAGGUGCGGGUCGAGUGGCCUUCUCCAAUCAGCAGAGCUACAUCGCUGCCAUCAGCGCCAGAUUUGUCCAGCUCCAGCAUAAUGACAUUGACAAACGGGUGGAGGUGAAGCCGUACGUGCUGGACGAUCAGAUGUGCGAUGAAUGUCAGGGCGCUCGCUCCGGAGGAAAGUUCGCCCCUUUUUUCUGUGCCAACGUCACCUGUCUGCAGUAUUACUGUGAGUACUGCUGGGCGAGCAUCCACUCACGAGCCGGCAGAGAGUUCCACAAACCUCUAGUGAAGGAGGGCGGAGAUCGACCUCGGCAUGUGUCCUUCCACUGGAGCUGAUGCCAAACAUCCCAUCACCCUCUCCACCCACCGAACACCUUCAACACCCGGACACAGAUCUCCCCUCGCAUCGUUUGGUUUUAGUAAACAAAUAUCAUGGUAUCUCUGUCCACUAUAUUCUCUGCUUACAAACACUUAGGAAAAUAUGAAUUUUGAGUCUGCGUGCUCAAACGUUGCACUUUGGCACAAACAGUCGAUGUUAACGCUUGUCAGGAUGUUGUGCUUUAAUUCUCUCAUUAUCCUUCGUUUGAUUGGUUUAGUGCUCCAUGUAGGUAAUAUUAGGCAGUGUGAGACUAUAUAUAAUAUAUACAGUACAUUUACAAAAAGGAUAUAUUUUUAGUUUAUAUUUAUCUAUAUACACAUAGACAAAACAUUUUGGGUGUCAGAUGUUUUAAAGAAGCAUGCACUUAUUGUGAAAAACAGUGGUAGGAAAUUCCCCCCUAGAUGAUGACAAAAAAAGUUACCAAAGGUAAAAUGAAUUCAUUACGAAAAUCAUGUUUAAGUGAGCUGUUAAAAAAAAAAUAUUGAGUUAUUAGAGUAAAACACCAUUGGCUCUCCAUGUUGAAAUGAAUAGUAAUACCUCAUGCAUGCAUCUCUUUCUGUUCGCUACGGUUUUUUAGGCUUAAUUUUUGACGAGUUUUUAGUAUUAACUACAUGUAAUGCUGCAAUAGCUUUUGCUGCUAAAUCCAUGGUAUGAGUCCAUGCCGUCAUACUUUAUUCAGGCAAACGAGCGCUCUAAAGGGUCUGCGUCUGGAUGUCAAAUGAGUCUGUGAUGCAUGCUGUAAAAUCAGGUCUCUCUUUCAUUUCCCCCGCGAUGGGAGAGCGAUAUGAAGCACUAUAGAAGCUUACUUCCUCCACAGAAUAAAUAAGGUAACUGCAUCGUUUUAUCUCACUAAUCUGACUCGUGAGGGGAAAAACAGACAAAUUCAGAAUUGUGAGUGGGGAAAAGUUUGAAUUCUGAGGUAUAAACUCGCAAUUAUGAGAAAAAAGUUAGCAUUGU